GCGAUGGAUGCAGGGUGAACGGCCUCUUGCUGCAAAAGUACCAACAACAACCGCGACCGUGUCUCAGCCCCUACAACUAUUUGGGCUGUCGAUUGCAGACAAAUUGAAACCACCCUAAACCCUUCUGCAAACCGCACGAAUACACUUCCGCCGAUUACACAAUGGGUCCUCCUCAACCCGAGCUGAAGAAGUACCUGGACAAGAAGGUCUUUGUCCAGCUCAACGGCUCGCGCAAGGUCGUCGGUGUCGUGCGCGGCUACGACGUGUUCCUGAACAUUGUGCUCGAGGAUGCCUUUGAGGAGAAGGACGGCGGAGAGAAGGUCAAAAUCGGCACUGUGGUCAUUCGUGGAAACUCGGUCGUCAUGUUGGAAGCAAUGGAGCGGAUAGGCGGCGACGACAGGCAUGGCGGUGGCGGUGGUGGCCGAUAAAAGAAAACGGACCAGUCAUUGUGAGGAAGGACUAAACUUGAUCUACGCCAGGGUCCAACAAGGCCAAAAUGAGAAAGCACCGGAAGGGGAUCGAGCGCAGAGCAACGCGCAUGUGGUCCAGAUGCUCUUGAACCAGGGAGCUGAUAUGGCCAGCUAUGUUGAUUAUGGUGUCUAUAAUUAGCCGGCCAGUUCUCAUCCCAACCGCAACCUAGAGACGGUCGGGUCGUGACACACCUAGGGACCAAGGGGCCUUGUUUGGUAUGCGGGACUCGCUAUGUGGCGUGGCGUGGCUUGUGCGGCCUCAUUUAUGCUUCUCCAACUAAGAAGCCAACGGGCAGAGAAAAAGAAACGAUACCCAUGAGACAACGUCAGAUUUCAACCGAAGCCUUGUGGCGUGCAGCUUUCCUCCCAACCCUACAUCCAACAGUUUGCAUCAAAGCCUUGUACACCCUUGCCCCCGAACCGCUUCACCCACCCCUUGAUGCCUCCUUCCAACAGCAUCCCCUGGAUCUCAGUGUCGCCCUUUUCGUCGACGUAGUCCUGGAACCAGUUUGCACACUUCCAUCCCCUGCCUCCGUCUGAGCAGGAUCCUAAGUAGGCGAUCGCCGUGUUAGAAAGACCACUAGGUUGCCCAGCAGUUAUGGCAGAGUAAUGUAAACAGUAUUGAAUCUCACCGCAGUAAAACACGACCCUCUUGACCCCAGCCCUCCUGCAAAGAUCAUAGAUGGCCCCGCGUGUCGC